GAAGCCAUUUAUUUUGCUGAACAAUGUGGACCUGUUUCGUCUGCAAAGUACACCAAAAAAACUGUUCAUUGUUAUUUCGCCAUUUGAAGUUUGAGCAUGGUUUAUGUCCAGGACGUUCGUUGCGUUUAAAAUGUGGAGAACCUGGGUGCUCAUCUGGUUUUUGCACUUAUUAUGGUUUUAAAAAGCACUUGUUACGAGUACAUACAGUGCCUGUUUCUGAUACAGUUGACCAUUUAGAGGUUCAUGACAAUAUUGUAGCUUGUGGUUCGCAAUCAGUAAAUGAGGUGCGUCCUGUCACAGUACAGCCUGCUAUUGAAAAGAAGCAUUUGUUGGAUAUGUGUAGCUCUGUUGUUGCUCAGGUGCAAGCAUCUGGAAUUCCUGAAGGCACGGUACAAUGUUUGGUUGGUUCAAUGGAGGAGCUUGUAAAUGACAUCCAUGCACAAGCAAAGGAAGCUGUGAUAAAAUGCCUUUCUGUUGAUUUACCUAAACAAGCGCUGGAUAAAGUUGAGGAUUGUUUUGAUCAGCUUGAAAAUCCAUUCUCAUUCAUGAACACUGAAACUAAGAGACAGAGGUACUUUGAGCAAAAGUGGAAUAUAGUUGAACCUGUAGAGCCUAUUCUUGGUGUCCGUUUUGAUGUACGUAAAAACAAAACUGGUACUUACAGCCAGGUUCCAGUCAAUGAUACAUUCACAUAUGUACCUAUAUUAGGAACUCUGAAGUCAAUGUUUAGUAACAAGGAGCUGUGUCAAAGUUUUCAGCAAGUAAAACUGCAAGAAGAGGGUAUCUAUAAAGACAUCAAUGAUGGGUCAUACUUUAAAAAACAUUGUUUGUUUUCAAAGCAAGAACAUGCUUUUCAGAUCCAGCUGUAUUACGAUGACUUUGAAACGGCUAAUCCAUUAGGCUCGAAGAAGGGCAUACACAAACUUGGCUGCAUAUAUUUCAUUUUAAGAAAUUUGCCACCUAAGCUUAAUUCUGUGCUGAUGAAUAUUCACCUUGUUACCCUCUUUCACUCAGAAGACUUGAAGAAAUAUGGGUUUGAUCCAAUUCUAAAGCCACUUGUUGAUGAUUUGAGAAUUUUGGAGACUGAAGGAGUCCAGGUGCCUUUUUCAACUGCACCACUGAAAGGAUCUGUUAUUCAGGUUACUGGUGACAAUUUGGCAUUACAUGGAAUAUUUGGUUUUGUUGAGUCUUUCAGUGCAGCUUAUUCCUGCCGGUUUUGUUUAACUGAUAAGACAGAAUUGCAGUCAGUCUUCUGCGAAGAUCAUACAGGGUUGGUUUUUCGCACAAAAGAACUUCAUUCAGAACAUUGUAAUACCCUUCUACAAAAUCCAUCUGUAGCAUCAACCUUUGGUGUCAAAAGAACUUGUUUGCUCAAUUCAUUGCAGUUUUUUCAUGUAUCUGAUAACUAUGCUGUAGAUAUAAUGCAUGAUUUACUAGAAGGAGUUGCACAGUAUGAGUCCAAGCAUGUUGAAAAUGGAUGAUGGUCGCAAAGAUCUUGGACUUAAUGCUAUUCAGACUUGGUGUCUUUUGCGUAACACUCCCUUAAUAUUUGGAGAUGUAAUUGACAGAAACGAUUGCUACUGGAUUUUGAUUCUCUAUUUGAUACAGAUUGUGAAUCUUGUAUUUUCACCAGUUGUAAGUGAUGGUAUGACUUGCUACUUGAAGCAUUUAAUAGCUGACCAUCAUAAAUUGUUUAAGUCUCUGUAUCCAGAACAAAACCUGAUUCCAAAGCAUCAUCUAAUGAUUCACUAUCCAAGAUGUAUUAGGAGAAUUGGACCACUCAUUCAUAUGUGGUGCAUGAGAUUUGAAGGGAAACACAACUUUUUCAAAAAAUCUGUUAAAAACUUCAAAAACAUCACAAAAUCACUUGUUAAGAAACAUCAGAGUCAGCUGGCAUUUCACUGGGAAAAUUUUAGUUUUAGAAGAUUUCAGUUUGGUCCAAUUAAAAGUGUUGUGCUUGACUAUUUAGAGGGCAGUGAAAUUUUAAGUGAUGUAUUAAAUGUGUCUGGUUACAUCUCUACUACUUGCUGGGUGAAAAAUUAUGGAACAGAGUAUCAGAUUGGCAUGUUUGUUUGCAGUGAUGUCAAAAAUGAAAUGCCUGUUUUCAGAAAGAUUAUCAAUAUAAUUGUUAAAGAUGAGCAAGCGUUCCUUCUAACAACAAAUGUCAUUACAGUGCGUUUUGAUGACCACAUGAAUGCCUUCUGUAUUGAAGAGACAACAGAUUUGUUUACAGUGAUUUGUAUUGAUGAUUUGAAGUACUACAGACCUUAUGAUGGCCAAUUUUCUUACAGCAUGGAUGACCAUAUGUAUAUUGUACCUUACUGCAACUUUAUGUGAAACGCCAUCAGUUCAGCACAUCAGUGCAGUUCAUGUUUGAAGAUGAUGAAAUAAGUUAACAUUUUAAAUAAAAGGUUCUUAAUAUA